CAAAGUAAGAACAGUUAAGUUCAUUUUGAGAGGUUUGAAAUCAAGCAAGAAGAGAGGUCAAGGGAGCUGGUGAGAAGGUCCAGGAGACAGGAGCGACAGAAGCCACAAGGAGCUGGCUGAAUUCCCAGGACAGGUAGCCAGGAGAGGCCUUCUUUUGGGUGCUACUUGAGAAAGUUUGGUUUGUCAUUCAGUUUUCCUGGUGACUUCAAAUCCAUUGCUGGUUGUCUUUUCCUCUCUUCUCCCAUCAUUCUUGUGUGGUACCCAGAAACUGACUUCUGGUUUUUAAGAAGUGUGCUGACGGGAGAUAUGAUGUAUUGGAAGGUCCUGAGAAUAAGCCUGGUGGUUCUGGCUGGGUGGGCAAUCAGUACCACUAACUCGGAGCUGGGCUGGACACGCAAGAAAUCCCUGGCCCAGAGGGGACUCCUGAAGCAGGUGCCGUUGGAAGGUGAACACUGUUGGCUGGGGCACAAGGUUCGAAGACCCAGAACUGCUCCCCAGCACCAUCUCUUUGGGGUCUACCCAAGCCGACCUGAAAGCUACCUGAGGUCCUACCCUGUGGGGAAGCAGCAAACCCAGAAUGCAGGAUGGAGUAAACAAAGCGCAGCAAGACAUGCUUCUAGUGGUGUUCCUGGAGACCUGACUGAAAACCCAGCAGGAGUGAGGAGGGCGUCUGAGCAGCCAGCUGCCCCGUGGGUAAGGGAUGGUCCUAUUGGGCAAUCAGAGCUGCCGAGAGAUGAUGACAGUUAUCCUGGCAAGAGAGAAUCCAACGAGGUUCUAGGUGAGCCUGUGACUCGGGGAAGCUCAGAAACUGCUGCCUCCACCAUUGCCACCUUUGUGUACCGGAAGGGACCCUCAGCAGGGACCCGGAGGAAGGGUGAGACCAAGCCUAGGUUUCCUCACCAAGUGCAGAAGAGGCAGGCAGAAGUGACCAGAGACCCCCAGAAUAACCCUCAAGAUUUCCGGCUUUGGCCUAAGGACCCCCGUAAGCACGGAGACAGUGACAUUCCAUUGGAAGGCACCAUCCAAAAUGGUGGAGGGGCCUCUGGCUGGGGAGCAGAGACCUUUAACCCUCAAGGAGGAUUGCCUGUACUGUACUUCUCUGGGAAGAGGGAGCGGCUGCUCCUGCGUCCAGAAGUGCUGGCUGAGAUUCCCCGGGAGGCGUUCACAGUGGAAGUCUGGGUGAGACCAGAGGGAGGACAGAGCAACCCAGCCAUCUUUGCAGGUGUAUUUGAUAACUGCUCUCACACGGCCAGUGACAAGGGCUGGGCCCUGGGGAUCCGCUCAGGGCAGGACAAGGGGAGGAGAGAUGCUCGCUUCUUCUUUUCCCUCCGCACGGACCGAGUGAAGAAAGCUACUGUUGUGAUUAGCCACAGCCGCUACCGGCCAGGCACAUGGACUCACGUGGCAGCCACUUACGAUGGACAGCGUAUAGCUCUGUACGUGGACGGCACUCGAGUGGCUAGUAGUCCUGACCAGUCUGGCCCACUGAAUAGCCCUUUCAUGGCGUGUUGCCGAUCUCUGCUCCUGGGAGGGGACAGCUCCGAAGAUGGGCAUUAUUUCCGCGGAUACCUGGGAAUGCUGGCCAUCUGGUCGACCGCCCUCUCACAAACGCACCUCCAGCACAGUCUGCAGCAUCCAGGCGGAGCAGAUGAGUUGAACACCCUGAUCCUGACAGCUACUUUCGCUCCUCUGAAGGAACAGUGGGUCCCCUUUAGAGAUGAGACAUAUCCCUGGCUGGAGGUUCUCAAGGACUCUGAGUCACAGCCUGAGAUUCUGUCACCUUUACAGCCCCCACCCUGUGGGCAAACAGCUUGCGACAACGUGGAACUGAUCUCCCAGUACAACAAGCACGGGCCCCUUCGGCGAGAGAAAGUGAUCCGUUACCAGGUGGUCAACAUCUGUGAUGAUGAGGGGCUGCAUCCCAUUGUGAGCGACGAUCAGAUCCGCCGGCAGCACCAGGCGCUGAAUGAGGCCUUCAGCAGCUACAACAUCAGCUGGCAGCUGAGUGUCCACUGGGUCCACAACUCCACUCUUCGCCACCGGGUUGUGCUCGUUAACUGUGAGCCCAGCAAGAUUGGCAAUGACCACUGUGACCCUGAGUGUGAGCAUCCACUCACUGGCUACGAUGGGGGCGAUUGCCGCCUGCAGGGCCGCUGCUACUCCUGGAAUCGCAGGGAUGGACGCUGUCACGUGGAGUGCAAUAACAUGCUGAAUGAUUUUGAUGACGGGGACUGCUGUGAUCCUGAAGUGACCGAUGUCCGCAAGACUUGCUUUGACCCUGACUCACCCAAGAGAGCAUACAUGAGUGUGAAGGAGCUGAAGGAGGUCUUGCAGCUCAACAGUAGUCAUUUCCUCAAUGUCUACUUCGCCAGCUCUGUUCGGGAAGACCUUGCAGGUGCUGCCACAUGGCCCUGGGACAAGGAAGCUGUCAGUCACCUGGGUGGUGUCGUCCUCAACCCAGCCUAUUACGGCAUGCCGGGCCACACCAACAUCAUGAUCCAUGAGGUGGGACACGUCCUGGGACUUUACCAUGUUUUCAAAGGCGUCAGUGAAAGAGAGUCCUGUGAUGAUCCCUGUAGAGAGAUAGUGCCUUCCAUGGAGACAGGAGACCUGUGUGCUGACACUGCUCCUACACCCAAGAGCAAGCUGUGUCAGGACCCAGAGCCAGCUAAUGACACCUGUGGCUUCACUGGCUUCCCGGGGGCUCCAUUCAGUAACUACAUGAGCUACACAGAUGAUGACUGCACGGACAACUUCACCCCAAACCAAGUGGCCCGGAUGCAUUGCUAUUUGGACCUCGUAUACCAGCAAUGGAGUGAAAGCCAAAAGCCCACCCCUAUACCCAUCCCGCCAAUGGUUAUUGGGCAAACCGACAAGUCCCUCACUAUCCACUGGCUGCCUCCCAUUAGCGGAGUGGUGUAUGACAGGGCCCCUGGCAGUAUGUGCGGUGCCUGCACUGAAGAUGGGACAUUCCUUCAGUAUGUACACAAGGCAUCCUCCGGGCGGGUGUGUGACUCUUCAGGUUACUGGACUCCGGAGGAGGCUGUGGGGCCCCCUGAUGUGGAUCAGCCCUGUGAGCCUAGCUUGCAGGCCUGGAGUCCUGAGCUCCACCUGUACCACAUGAAUAUGACGGUGCCCUGCCCAGUAGAAGGCUGCAGCCUGGAACUGCUUUUCCAACACCCGGUUGAAGCUGAUACUCUCACACUCUGGGUCACUUACCUCUCCGUGGACUCUUCCAAGGCACUCUUUGAUGUAGAGAUCUUGCUAGAACACAAGGAAUCUGUGCACCUGGGGCCCUUAAACACUUUUUGUGACACGCCGCUCACCAUCAAGCUCCACGUGGAUGGGAAGGUCUUGGGAGUCAAAGUCUACACCCUUGAUGAACGAAUGGAAAUUGAUGCGGCUCUCUUGACGUCUCGGCCCAAUAGUUCCCUGUGUUCUGGAUGCAGGCCUGUGAGUUACCAUGUUCUCAGAGAGCCUCCUUUCUCCAGUGGCUUGCCCGUGGUGGUGACACACCCGCACAGGAAGUUCACCGACAUCGAGGUCGUGCCUGGGCAGACAUAUCAGUACCAAGUUCAAGCUGCAGCUGGAGGGGAACUCGGAGAAGCGUCACCACCUCUGAGCCACAUCCAUGGAGGCCCUUACUGUGGAGAUGGGAAGGUGGCAAGGAGUAUGGGAGAAAUGUGCGAUGAUGGAGACCUGUUAAACGGAGAUGGGUGCUCCAAAGCAUGUGAGCUGGAGGAAGGCUUCCACUGUGUAGGGGAGCCAAGCCUUUGCUACAGGUAUGAGGGAGAUGGGAUUUGUGAACCUUUUGAGAAAGAAAUCAGCAUCAUAGACUGUGGCCUGCAUACUCCUGAAGGACACUUGGACCAGUGGGCUACCCAGGCUUAUUCCUACCAUGAAGACAAGAAGAAGUGUCCCGUUUCCAUGCUCACAGGAGAACCUCUUUCAAUGAUCUGUACUUCACACCAUCCAGAUUCAUCCCCACAGCAUCUCUUUACUGGCUGGUUUCCUUGUGUCUUCAGUCUGAAGAAUGUCCAGGAUGAAGGCAGUGAGCAGCCUAAACAUGGCCUUCAGAAGGACAAUGAAAUUUGGCUCGAAGUGUGUUUCGAUAGACCAGGAGUUGCUGUGGCAAUUUUCCUUUUCUUGGCAUCUGAUGGCCUGGUCCCUGGGGAGCAGCAGCAGCCAACAGUGACUGCCUACUUGAUUGAUGUCAGUGGAAGCAACCACUCUCUUGGAACCUAUGACCUGUCAUGUCAACAUAAUCCACUGGUUAUCAAUAUGAGCCAUCAUGCGAAUGCCUGCCCCCACCAUACCUCCUCCAUGCUGCUGAAUUUUUCAUCCCCACUGGUAGGCAUCUCAGCAGUGGCUCUAAGGACAUCCUCCCACACCAGGUCUUCAGCUCCCGAUAACUGCAUCCUGGAGCAGAACCAUCAGGGACAGAGCUGUGCCCAACGACAAUGUGGAGAACACAGAUCAUGUACACCAUUGCUACUUGAUCAUGCGGACAUGGUAAAUUGUACCUCCAGUGGUCCAGGUCACAUGAAGUGUGCUGUCACUUGUCAAAGGGGGUUUGUCCUUCAGACCAGCAGUGGGCAGUACCUCAGGACCAUGCAGAAAGAGACUCUCCUCACUUGUUCCUCUGGCCACUGGGACAAGGAUGUGACCUGCAAGCCUCUUGACUGUGGUGUUCCAGACUCGUCCUUGGUGAAUUAUGCAAACUUCUCCUGUUUGGAGGGUACUGGAUUCCUGAAACGCUGUUCCAUCUCAUGUGUCCCACCAGCCAAGCUCCAAGGACUGAGCCCGUGGCUGACCUGUCUUGAAGAUGGACUCUGGUCUCUCCCUGAAGUCUACUGCAAGUUGGAAUGUGAUGCUCCUCCAGUUAUUCCAAAUGCUAACUUGCUGCUGCCCCAGUGCCUAGAGGGCAACCAUGAUGUGGGCACCAUUUGCAGAUAUGAAUGCAAACCAGGCUACUACGUGAAGGAGACUACGGGAAGCCAAGGCAGGAACAAAUUCCUGAAAAUACAAUGCCUGGAUGAUGGAACCUGGGAGCAAGGGAGCUGCGUCCCAGUGGUCUGUGAGCCUCCUCCUCCGGUCUUUGAAGGCAUGUAUGAAUGUACUGAUGGCUUCAAGCUGAACAGCCAGUGCGUACUCAACUGUAACCAGGAAAAGGAAAGGGUUCCGAUCCUCUGCACUGAAGACGGGCUGUGGACCCAGGAGUUCAAGCUGUGUGAAAACCUGCAAGGGGAAUGCCCACCACCCACGUUAGAGCUGAACUCUGUGGAGUACAAGUGUGAACAGGGAUAUGGGAUUGGUGCAGUGUGUUCCCCAUCAUGUGUAACCCCCCCUAGUGACCCUGUCAUACUACCAGAGAAUGUGACUACUGACGCUUUGGAGCACUGGAUGGAACCUAUCAGAGUCCAGAGCAUUGUGUGUACCGGCAGGCGUCAGUGGCACCCAGAUCCCUCCCUGAUCCACUGCAUCCAGUCAUGUGAGCCUUUCCAAGCAGAUGGCUGGUGUGACACUAUCAAUAACCGGGCCUAUUGCCACUAUGAUGGGGGAGACUGCUGCUCUUCCACACUCUCUUCCAAGAAGGUUAUUCCAUUUGCUGCUGACUGUGACCUGGAUGAAUGCACCUGUCGUGACCCCAAGGCAGAAGAAAAUCAAAAGCAGUAAACUCAAGGACCAGAGCCCACCAUCCUCUGCUCUGGAGGCAGACUAAGAGAUAGAGGCUCCCAUAUCAGGAUGCAAAGGGUGAAUACAGGACUCAUGGUGGAAUGAGAGCCUAGGCCAGAGCCUCUAACAGAUGCAAGAGAAUGUUCGUAGGUGCCAAUUAAUGCAUUAAGUAGCCCAAGUAGGGAGGAAUCACAUGCGAAAGUUUCUGUAAAAAGAUAAUUGAUUAGAAAUGGAAGGAGAAGGACAUUUGUACUCUUCCCCAUUUGUACUCUACUCCAUCCUUUUCUCGAUUCUCAUGCUCCUCCCCACUCUGCAUGCUGUCAGUGGCUCAGCCGCACCCAACAUGCAAACAUUAGAAAAUAAGCUGCCAGGGACACUCUGUUAAUACCCAUUUCAAGUGGACUGUCAUCUUCCAGGGCUCAUCUACUCUAAACUGGCCCUUUGCCUUUCUUUUGCAUAGUCUCUCUUAAAUAAUGAGGUUA